AUGCCAAAAACUGCAAAGUUCACAACGAUUACUCCGAUGCCGGCGGGCAUCACUCGUAAAAGCGUCCUCGACAUGUACCGAGACCAUCUGGCCAUGAUCGACCUCAACCCACUCGUGAUCGAGCGUUACAAGUGCAAGCCGCCCAACUACGCUCCAACUUCAGAGUACUAUGCAACCUGGUAUACAAUCAAAGACAAGGUAUCUUACCUGCCUGGAGGCCUGGCGACAGGGUCGGUUUCUUACCACGCUGUCUUCCACGACCUACCUGAUUGCCUUGAAACACAUGUCUACGCACCACUUGGUCUAGAUAUUCGCGGGAAAUGGAGUGUAGGCGGGUCGCUACCAGGCGAACCUAAACAACAUACUGAAAGCGGCCAUAAAGCCUCACGCAAUGGUCUCUAUAUUCGUGAGGAGGUCAGCAUGACAUGUUCGAAACUACUGCUGGGCUUUGUCAAAAAAACUUUCAAGGACUCGCAUUCACGACUUGUCGAGAAGCUCGUGGAACGAGCACACAUAUUGGAAUCGAACUUUGCAAACGAACGAUUGAAGGCAUUGCGACACGUCGAACCACGAGAGCGUAUGGCCCAUGGCGAUAUCUUCAUUGCUCCACCGCCUGACUAUCAAUUCGCACCCCCACCAUACCAGGCACAAGCUUCGCCUCGCUUCUUCCCACGCUUACGGAGCCAGAGUGUCAACCCAAUCCCUACCCUUGGUCUGUCCCAAUCGUCCUCUUUUAACGAACGUAGCGCAUCUGUUUCGAGUGCUCCAGCACAACAGAACCGUCUAUCUCCUUCUCAGUCAGCACUGCAUUCGAACGGACCUGAACAGAGUGUGUAUUUGUUGCCAGCAACAACAUACGACGGUGGCUUGUCUGCAAGUUUCAAUCGGCCGAUUUCACUUUAUCCUGGUAGGGCAUCACAUGCACCAUCGAUUCGCGUGGCGUCUUUGUACUACGAGACCAUGGUGGACGAAACGGGGUCAGACGAGGAGACGGACGAAGAAGCUGAGCCAAUCUCUACGCACACUGUUAGCCCACCGCGCAUUCCCGAAGCCCGACCUAUAUCUUUCAACUUCGCGUUCAACCAGAUUUCGCCCGGACCUUUAACUCCAAUCUCCAACGAAGAGCUGUUGGCGGACAUAGAUGCCGCGAUUGAUGAGAGCUAUAUUUACUCAUUGCCAAACACACGAUACGACGCCUUACCCACACCGAACUAUUUGCACGCAGCCAGCCAAAUUACCACCCUCCCUGCUACGACUUACGAAAUCCUUCCAACAACUACGUACAAGGCUCCACCUACGACCAUCUUCAAUACCCUGCCAGCAACCACGUAUAACGCCACCCCAGAACCAACGCUUGAUAUGCUCCCAUCAACAACCUACACACCAGGCCCGUUCCUCCCUUCCACGACGUACGAGCUGAAACACGAGAGGAAGGACUCUGUCAUACCGUACCACGCGUACUCAGAAUCACCUCCAGUUCCGCCGAAGGAUGGGAAGUACAGGCGUCCGUCGCAGGUCGCAGUCUAG